CUUCAUUUUCUGUCGUCUCACUCCGCGCGUUGGCAUAGUGCUGGGGUAGUUGUACGACAAAAUCUUGCGAUUCGCCCCUAAAGUUGUGAGGUAUACGAUUAGUUUUUGUUGUUAUGCCUCGAUAAGUAGCGUCGUUACGAAUUAUUCUGAGGUGGCGUGGUGAUAUGUGGUGUUGCUCGUUUUUGGGCGUUUGAAAUCGGACACCGCUGUAACGUCCUCGUUUUUCGCGGAGUGAUACAGUGUUGGGGAUGACAAUGUGGAGGAGGCUAAAAUGUCUACUAGGAAGAUGAAAUGGUUAGCACUGCAGCGACCAUAAGAAAACUGUAGUCUCCAACUUGGGUAGAGUUAAUGCUUGAGUAGUUCAUACGUUUGAACUCAGGGUAGCUCGGAUACAAGACCUGGGAGUACAAAACUCAAUUAUUUGGCGGUUUGCGUGGCCUGAAACACGGGAAGGGGGAUUUUGUCCCCCAACUUUGUUUUCUCUCUCUCUCUCUCUCUCUCUCUCUCCCGAAAGGCACUCCAUUUGGAUGCCGAACACUUGAGCCGACAAAAGGGUUUUAAAGUCGCAGAGUCUAUGUGUGUGUGCUGAGAAAGAAUGAGUGAUACCGGCAUCAGAAUGAGCACUGCAGGAACGGACAAGGAGCUCAGCGAUCUUCUGGACUUCAGCGCUAUGUUUCCUCUUCCAGGGAUGAAUGGGAAAAACAGAUCCAGCGCUCAAGCCGGCGGUCAGUUUGGAGGCUCAGGUUUGGAAGAUCGGAGUGGAUCAGGCUCCUGGGGCUCAGCAGAGCAGAACAGUCCAUCCUUCAGUUCACGGACAUUUGACAAUGUGGGCCACUACAGUGAGCAUGAAAGCAUGUCCCCUUCGUCGAUGUACAGCUCAGGAAUUGGAGGUAAAUCAGACAGAGGACCUUACUCCUUUGGCACACAGUUCCUGCAAGGGGAGAUGUCCAUGUCCAGUCCUGAUGGCCUGUCCCCCUCUGGCGUAAAAGCCACAUCGCCAUUCUAUGGAUCUUACCCAGCCAAUCGUAGGAGGCCUCUGGAUGGAGUGCUUGAUACCCCACCGAAGAAGAUCAGGAAAGUACCACUUGGUCUUCCGACCUCGGUUUAUCCAGUAGCUCCCAGUGACGACUACAACCAGGAAAACGCAGGUUUCCCGGCUUCGAAAACCGGCAGUAUCUACCCUGGCACCGUGUACAUGCAAGAGGGUCUGCAGGACCCCUGGGCUCAGUCAGGUUAUUCCUCCAUGCCCAACCUUGGCCAGUCCGGCCCAUUUGCUGCCAUCAACCCUCAGGAUCGCCUGAAGAGACAGCCCCUGCCCCUGUCCCCUCCAUCCUACCCUCACCACGGCAGCGAGGUGAACGGUGGCUUCCAGUCCGCAUACACACCUCCCAUCAAUGGAACAGACAGUAUCAUGGGCAAUAGAGGCAGCGCUGCAGGAAGCUCGGGGGAUGAAAUUGGAAAAGCCCUUGCUUCGAUUUACCCUUCAGACAACAACGGGAGCAACUUCUCCUCCGCUCCACCUACCCCGGUGGGCUCUCCUCAGAACAUGGCAGUCUCUGCUUCCCAGUGGCCCAGAGGAUCGACUCAGUCUGCGCAGUCGCCCAACUUUGAGGGAGGACUGCAAGCUCUGCAGAAUAAGAUGGAAGACUGCCUGGGUGAAGCCUUGCAUGUGUUGAGGAACCAUGCGGUGGGUUCGGGGCUGGGUGCAGAAAUGCACACCCUGCUGAAUGCCGCUGGAGGGGCUGCAGGUCUGAGCUCCCUCAGCCAGACCUUCUCCCUGCACAGCAGAGUGCCCGGCAUGGUGCCCAGCCAUCACGAGGAGUCGGCCGGUCUGACACCCGCCAGUACCCUGUUACACGGGCAACACACAGCUACACAAGCCCCCGCAAGCUCACAGCCAGAGGGCUUCUCCAGUUUGCCUGGAAGUCUGCCUCGCACCGGCAGCACAGAUAUAAAGAGGGAGGAGAAGGAGGAUGACGAGAACUGCUCUGUUAUAGACAAGUCCGAGGACGAGAAGAAAGACGGCAAGACGAGCCGCACACGGACCAGUCUUGACAAUGAUGAGGACGACGAGGACUUGCCAGCGGAGAUGAAGGCGGAGCGGGAGAAAGAACGGCGUGUGGCCAAUAACGCGCGAGAGCGUUUACGUGUGCGUGACAUCAACGAGGCCUUCAAGGAGCUCGGUCGCAUGUGCCAGCUCCAUCUGAACAAUGAGAAACCGCAGACCAAACUGCUGAUCCUGCACCAGGCCGUUAAUGUUAUUCUCAGCCUGGAGCAGCAAGUGCGAGAGCGUAACCUCAACCCAAAGGCAGCGUGUCUGAAGAGGAGAGAGGAGGAAAAGGUGACCGGCAUGGGUGGAGAUCCUCAGAUGCAGCUGGGAGGAGGAGGCCACCCUGGGCUGGGCAGUGAUGGGCACACUCAUAUGUAAUAUUUAUAUUCUGUCCUAAAGAGUACUUUCAGACGUGGCCUUAUUCUCCUAUCUACCGUCUCAGUGUGUGAAUACGCUCACCAUGACUGUGCAUCAGAAUCUUUUGAUCUUAUGGACACAUACUUGUGCAAACACACACAUACACAUUUUACUGAAAGCUGACACACUUUGACACAGCACACUCUUGCAUAAAUGUACACACAGAUGUUAUGGACCAUUGGAGCAUCCUAAAGAACACUGCUGAGAGAUGGAGGAACUCUGAGCACAACGAACAAGAAUCUGUGCUCUUUUUUUUCUUUUUUCUUUUUUUUUUUAUAAAAUAUAAAUAGACGCCUCUUGCUUACAUAUGGGAGCAAUGAGAAUAUGGAGGUGUGUUUUGCCAGGAUUUAAUUCCCUAUCGAAAUAUAGACAACCAUUCCCAAGACUUCAAAACAAAACAAAAGGACACACGCUUGUCAAGUUAAACCGAGUAUAUCCGGCUAUACAAGCUACACCGUUAGAAGUCUGAUAAUUUGAUGAUCGGAUAUUGUGCUAGUACAUAGCACAUGUGCACACAAACACUUCGUGGGCAGUCAAGGGCUCAAAUUAGGGAACAGAAAUCUUACCUUUUGGCUUUCUUUUGUACCAUCACACAUGACGGUGAAAGCAUAAACGGAAAAAAAGAACAACCACAGUGACAAACACAUCAGCGCUCAAUUUCAGCUUGUGUUUUUUUGCAUUAACGUUGAGUGUCUGAGCUCGUGUACCUGUCUAACUGGAACCUAUUCACCUCUUCAUCCGUCACCACAGCCAUGGAAUCAACACUUCAUUGUUACUUACUGGACUAGCAGUUUGGUUUAUGAUUUAUUUUUUUAAGAGGAACAAAGUGUCCUCUUGACUAUUGUGAGCAACUAACAGCUCUACAUCCUUUCAGUCUCCUCAUUUUUAGCAUUUCAGUACUGUGCCGUCUGUCACGUCUUUGAUCCUGGAUCCUUCUUCCUGCUGUUCUUAAAGAAAAAAAAGUGUAAGGAAACACUUUGGACAUGGACACCAUGUACGAUUACCAAUUGUCUUGAUUGGAUUUGAAGGGUAGAUGUAGUCUGUUCUUAAAAGUACAGCAAAAUCAUGUCGAAGAUUCGUGAAAUCUGCUCGUUUUUGGCCAGUGAUUCAGUGCUAAAGUUACGUCAGGGGUAUUUGUGCAUUUUGCUGACUCAUGAGUGUCAACUGCAUCUGCUGCCAAAUCUGGAUAUCUUUCCUUAAAAUGGAAGAAAAUGGAUCAUUUGAACAAUUACUUGGGAUCUUACGAGAAGAUCUUGUUGACUUUUUUUUUUUUUUCCUUUCUUCUUCUUCUUCUAAAUGUUUUACAAAUUUAAAUAUGCGAAAGAACUUUGCGUUCAAGGAUGCCAGGAACAAAUGUAAUUGUUUCAUAUUUCUUUAGCAAUUUUGUAUUUUAAUGGGGGGGGAUGGAAUCGUAACCAGCAUUCUUUUUUUUUUUUAUUUUUUUUUUUUUAUAUAAAUAAGAAAUACGUAUUCCCUGUCCUCAUUGCUCCUUUUGUUUAAAGGGUUUGAAUCACUGCAAUAUCACUUCAUUACCCUCUCAGUGAUCGUAGUAUUGUGGUUGCACCACCUUUAUAAAAUCUUUUCAUAAAAGCUGACACAAAGGGUCAUUUCAACAGCUGAAUUUAUCAGUGUUCUCCUUCAGUCAGUACAAAAUCAUCUCUGAAAACCAGAAAAUGAAUUGUGUUGGUUUGCAUAUUGCAAUGCUCUGAAUUUUGAUGGAGGAAAUGUGCAAGAGUGAUUAGGGUGGCCUUCUUCAUUCUCCGCGCUGACCUCCGUGCCCGGCGGGGUCGUACCGGGGGAGUGAUACCGUACUAGUGCCUGCACACUGUUUUCAGUUCAAUCCUGAAAUCAGGUUUUAAUUGCAAUGUCACAUGUUUUGCUGGCUCUAAUGGAAUAUUUUAUAAAAUUCACAUGAAGACAGGGGUAUGGGGAUUUUUAGUGGAUCUUAAAUGAACUUUUGCUCUGCCGAGCAAAUAAAGUACUUUCUUUGUAAAUGUGAUCCCUGUUUAGUUUUUAUGUGCUCAGUGACCUCUGUCCUGAUUUUGAGUUAUGAAGCUUUUGUAUGUUUUAUUUUUGUUUGUUUUGUUUUGCUCAGUAUAUGUAUUUAUCUUGGUAACUUUGCUCAGAUACAUUAGAAACAUUUGACCAUGGUGAUGUGCUUAUUUUUGAUACAAGAGUGUGGAACAGACACUGAACUGGCUAUUUGGUAAAGAGUAAUCAUUUACAAAGUACACAAAAGACAGCUUUACUUGUGGCUUUUUAAAAUGGAAAAAAAGUUCUUUACUUUUUCAGCCCACCUUGAAACCACAUUUUGGUUUGGGUAGAAAAUUUCAUGCUCCUCUUUCUUAAAUUGACUUGCUGCCUCAAAUUGAGGCAGUUAUUUUUGUUGGGUUAUACCGAAGCAAACUGAAAUCUUAAAACUUCCAUUGGUCCCAAUCAUUCCUCAAAUUCUGAUUUAUGACUGACGUAUGAGCAUCUUUGAGUGCAAAAGCUAGCGUUUUCUGACAGGUUGAGCCUAGUUUUAAGAUAAACCUGGCUCGGGACAGGAGUUCCUUCUUUGAUAUUAAGUGCUCACUUUAUUAUUUUGUUUUUGUUUGGCUGAGACGUCGUCUCAGUCUCUUGGCAUUUUCAUCUGCAGAAUCUGUUGACCCACACCAUUGGGGAGGUUUUCUCAAGUCCCCAAAGUGCCUCCACUUUCCUAUUUUUUAUAUAAAGUAGCUAUUCAGAAUUGUUAUGUAUAUAAAGUAGCAAUAAAUGUGCCAUUUUUAAUAACAGAAGUUAUACAUUUUCCAUGUCUUUUUUUUUUUUUUUUUUUUUUUUUUAAUUAUAUACCCAAAUAAAGAAGAACACACAGCAAGAGGGGGUUUAUUCAUCACUAAAUGUUAAUCUUUUUUUUUUUUUUCUUCUACAGGCCUUUACUGUUGCAGUCUAUUAGAGGAUUAUACAUAACCUAGACACAGAUAUUAUAGACAGACACCAUUUAAGAAAAAAAUAACAAGAAUUAUGGCAGGUGCCAUGUUCUAUCUGUAAUAUGUUCCUUAUUUAACAAAGAUAAAUUAGUUAUAAGGCUUAUGGACUCAAGAUUUAUAUAUUUGUUAUAACUGGCAUAUGAAACGCAUUAUAUCUCCUCUAUCAUUCCACCCAUCUGUCCAGUUAUUACACGACUGCUAAAGUUCACAUCAACAAUACAAAUUUUAAGAUAUGAUUAUUAAAAAGUACUCCUAAACUGCAGCUUGUUGUUUAUGACAUUGAACAUAGAGCAGGGUUAUCAGUGCUCAAGACAGCCCUCAGCCCUUAACAUAUCUGAUGAGGUAAAAUUGUACAUUGGAUUGGUUAUAUCAUUGGCUGUUCUGUUCAGUGAAAUGGAAAACAUUCAUGGUCUGGCUGUUAUGCUGCACCAGUGGAUAGUACCAUCUGUCUGACCCCUAAUCAUGUGCACAUUAGACCAAGCUGUCACAGAUUUCGUCUGGUAGCUCCAAGAACACCACGCAGACCCUGUUUCUCAGAUUUUAAAAUCAAGAUAAUUUGAACAAAUUAACUUGAUUCGAAAGUAAAAGAUCACUUGAAAUAAGAAUUAAAUUGAUGAAUAAAAACAGACAAAUCACUGGACAGAAUGUGAACGAACAUACUAGAGGUGUGCACUGGAUUGAUUUCAAACUCCAGUCUGCUCCCAAAGGGAUUUUGACCAACCUCUCCCACUUUCAUUGAAACUUUUAACUAAUCAUGCAGUUAUUAUUAUUAUUAUUAUUAUUAUUAUUUUUAUUUGUACCAGUUCAUGAUAUAUUUUCUAAUGAACGUAGGUGGUUCUAUUUCUUAAAAUAUAAACAAAUUAGAAAUGUAAACCACAAACCUGAAAAAGAUAAAGCAUUUCCUUAAGAAUUAUGAAUGAAUGCAGUGCAAGCAACCACCAUGCCCGAUGCACUCUUAGGUUAAUGAACGUGUGUGUUCUUUGUGUCCAGAGUUAUAUGCAUGAAAAUAUAAAAGGCAGCAUUUUUGGUGUCCUGUUGCAUACUUUUACUAUGGACCUUGGGAAGAUUCAAAAGCCUGUUAAAUAUAUUUUUAAAUUGGGUAUCAAAAUGUUUUUCCCAUCAUCUUUCGGGUAGUACAAGAAACUACCUGAUUGUCUUUGAAGCUCAUCCAAAAAUGCCUGCACAUACAACCAAGGGUAAGUUUGUACACUGAAAAAUAGAGGACCCAAGAUGGAGCCCUGAGGUACUCCUAAGGUUAUAGCUGGUGUACUGGAAUUUCAGUGAGCAAAUAGUAUUCACUUGGAUGCUUUAUGCCUUUGGGUGAUGAUUUGUUUUUCCUGGUGUCACAAUUGUGACUUACAGGACCUGAUUAUUGGCACUGUGUCUGAAUCGAAUAACCGGGUGACCAUCUUAGGGGUCAGUUAUUCCUGUGUCAUGAAGGGGCUCUCCUGUAUUUAACCAUGUGAGAUGGGGUGUUAAAAUGUUUUGUGUUAGCAUGAAACAAAACGAAAUUUAUACACUAAGCUUUCUUUUUCCCUAAAACUGGUCUGUAAAUAAAGCCUGAACCUCACUGGAAAUUAAUCUACUAUUGUAGCCUAACCUUAAAGCCUGGGGCCAUGUUAUAUAUAGCUCUUGUAUAACACCUCUUUUUUAAAAUUUAAGUAGGUCUUUUUAAUAAUUCAAUUCUUUGGCAUGUUUAUUAUUUUUUUUAGUUUUUGUUUACUUGAGUAUUUUAGCGUUGCAUCUCUAACCGUCAACUUCCGGUUGCGGUCGCAUUUAUUUAGUCGUCACCAUUAGGCGCCAUAUUGCUUCCGCUAAAGCGUAUUUUUAAGCCGUCAGGUUGGGAAGACAGACUCUCCAGAAAAUGCUCGCUAAAUUAAUAGGACAGAAAUAUCUCUCCAUUGGAAAGGCGUGGGUUCCCACGCUGGCUGUAUGGGGAGGCGUUGGAGGCAUUGCAGUCGUCCACUUUACAGACUGGCGACUGAUCCUGGACUAUGUGCCCUACAUCAACGGCAAGUUCAAGAAGGACUAGAUGCGUGCGAACUUCUGGGUCCAAAGUUCUGGUGCUGAGUGAAAGAUCGGGUCAGACAUCCCAACUCGGAGAUAACUGAAGAUUCAUGGCCACAGCUCUGCUGCAUGCAAUGUGCUCAUCACUGUCUUUCUUCUGUUUAACAGUGCUAAUGGAUAUAUGAUUUCUUUUUUGGGACAGUCCGUCUUCCUGUUUCUUUUGUUGUUUCGAAUGACUUUGGUUGUAAAUGUAAAAUAAAGCGAUUCUUGUGAUACAAAUAUGAAUUCUGACCCAACACAAAUCACUACACCAAACAACUUAGGACAUAAUGGAUUGUUUUUCUUCCUACAGAGUCAUUUCCCUGAAUAAACAAUCCGUGGUUAUUAUUUACAA